UUACACUUCCGUUUAACCUGAAACGCGUCGGUACAGUUUGUUGCUGCUCCACCUCUGUGGUAAUUUCUAGCAAAGGGUACGCCAGAACACCGUAAUGGCUAGUUUAAACACCGACGCAGUCUGUCGGCGUGACUAGUAGGAUCAUUACGGUAAAUGUAGGUUGCGGAGCCUGUGUGUGUCCGACAGACCGGGAGUUCCUCUGGAAGACACUGCGCCGAACAGGUCUCGGAUGUUAUCCUUUCUUGUGAGCCUCGAACAACAUUUCAUCUAGCCAGGUGCAACAAAAGGGCCUGUCGCGCUUGGCUUUCUCUAUUCUUCUGACAAUCUUGACGUCAGUCUUUUGAUAGUGGGAAAGAUAGUUUCUCUGGAUCCAGCCUGACUCCUAUUCCAAAGUUCCAUCCCACCUAAUCAGAAGGAGAGACCCCAACCCUUGCUAAACCUCUUCGGCUGCUAGCUAGCAUCAGCAUGGCAGACAGUCGACAGCCAGAAGACGGUUCCCCUCAGUGGGACCCAUCAGGGGGGCAGGAGCCUGGUGGCACCCAUGGAGCCAAUGGCUACUCCUCCUCAGCCUACAGGACCUGCCAGCCUGGCGGGACCCACGUGGCCACAGCCCCCUAUUCUGCCAGGGAGAACGGCUUCAACGGGGAACUAACUGGAGCUCACGCUAUAACUGCAGAGCAAGUGUCAGCCCGGAUUGUACAGGAAGUGACAGCAGAGGCAGUGGCAGUACUGAAGGGAGAGCAGGAGACUCAAAGACUGCCAUCAGUUGAAGACACCACCAAUUUGCCUCCCUCGCCUCCCCCCUCACCUGCUGCAGAGCACUUUGGACCUCUAGAACAAGAUGUAGGGGAUGAGGAGGAGGCGGGCCCUCUCCGCCGCUUCCAAAAUUCUCGUGAGAGGUGCAAGUUCCUCGCCCCCUCCAUCUCAGUUUCCGUGCCCGAGGACGACCCCUACCACUCCGAAGAGGAGUACUAUGAGCACCCAUUGUUCAGCCCAGAGUGGACGCACUCGGGCUCUCGCCCCACAGGGCAAGCCGUGGCCUUUAGACAGAUUGAAGCUUUGAAGAUGGAGACAGACAAGCAGGACAGUGGAUCCAUGAGCCCUGACAGCAUUGGAUCAGAGAAACGCCCAGAGGAGUUUUAUGAGCCCCAGAUCCAAGGGUUCUUUGCUGGUGAACGAGUUGUACCAGAGAGUCCCACCAUAGAUAUGCCAUCCUUUGUACCCCCAGAUGUUCAAAGUCAAGCCAAGGAACCCGUCAGAUCGCUCACACUUCAGCCUACAUAUGGCGAGCCGAUUACAGUGUCAGAGAAGCAGCCAUCAGUGGAGGUGGUAGAGUUCAGCAGCAUCAGCUCUCCUGCUGAUUUCACAUCAGUGGGAGCCAAAGUUCAAGGAGGAGACUCAACAAGUGACACAAAAGACAGAUCUGGGAUGUCAGCCUAUUUUGAAACAUCAGCCAUGGAGGUUAGUGAAGGUCCUCACAGUAAAGGUGAGGGUUAUUACGAACUUAGUAGAGCUGGUGAAAAGCAGAGUACUGAUGAUACCAGUUCUCCUGAGAUCAGCUACAGCACACUUGCUGAAGCUCAAGAUAAACCUGAAGCUAAAAAAAGUACAACAGAAGACACUAGGGAAUUUACAGUUCCUGACAGGAGUAAUGACUGCAGGCUUUCCCCAGGUAAACUUGCCUUAGAGCAGAGGAGUUACUCACUUAACAUCACCAUAGGAGCAAUGGAUCAAAGUGGCCAAGGCAGACAAAGAAACUUCUCCCCACUGGCCACAGAUAUCAUGUCAUAUACCAGUGGAAGUUUAGAUGACUCAGCAGACUACCUUCCAGUUACUACACCAUCUGCAGAUAAGCCACCAUCUUUCCCUCCACUCAUACUUGAGACGGCAGCUUCCAUUACUUCAGACUCCUCAUCUCCUCCAAGGAUCACAGAGCAGCCUCCAAAAUCUAGUCCUGAACCGGAAUCUCCAGAAUCCCCUGAGCCUCCCAAAAAUACAUAUAAAAAUGGCACAGUAAUGGCACAAGACUUGCCCGAAAUGCUUGACCUUGCUGGUAACCGUUCGGGACUGCAAUCAGAAAACAGUGACCCAGAAAUCAUUCGGAGGAAGUCGAUUCAAUCUGAUUCUUCUGCCUUAAAUUAUGACCCACUGGCUAGCCUAAUUUCAGGGGAACAGAGUCCUGGAGCUAGAAAGAGUGACAGCCAGCUGGAAGAGAUGGGUUAUUGUGUAUUUAGUGAAUAUUCAGGGCCCAUGCCAUCCCCUGCAGAUGUGUUCAGCCCUACAGACACUUCUGGACAAGUCUUCACCCCGUCUGUCCUGGAGGAAAAGGUAGCUGAGCAGGCAAGAAAAUUAGCAGUCAGAGAUGUAUCUUUGGAGGAUAAGACACAGCCAUCAGGAGUUGCUGAUGCAGCUGAAGAAAAAGACCAGAAAGAAGAAGAGCGAAAAGAUCCAGCUGAAGAAAAUAAAAAGAGCAAAGAAGAUGAUCAGGUGAUUACCUCUGUAAGCGAGACACCACUUGCUCAGCCCUGUGAGCCUUUUGUGACACCAACUGUCACUGUGACACUGGAGGAAGGUGGGAGGUCAGUGAGCGAGACUGAACGGCAAGCCAGCGGUGAAGGCUCAGCGUCAGAAACCGAGAUUGCUGACUAUGAGAGGCAGAUCCGGAAACUGGAGAUGGAGGACAGGCCUCUGAGUUUGGAGGAGGAGCGAGAGCUGCAGGAGCUUCGAGAGAAGGUGAAGCUGGUGCACCAGGAAGCCUAUGAGGAAGUGGACGCUGAAGAUGUGUACCAGCUGACUGGUGUGGCCAAGGACCGAAUUGCCAGGCCUGUUAAAACUUCACCUGCCUCAUCUGUGGAGAGCAACAUCGAUGAUGACAAGCUGCUCUCCCCAGUGCUCUCACCUUCCAAACUUAAACAAAGAGAAAUGUAUGGCUCCCCGAAAAGAUCAGCUUCACCUGUGUUAGGCAUAAACAAAGAUGAGAGAGAAGAUCCAGAAAAGAAAAUGAAGGCAGAGCAAGAGAAAGAAGCAGUCGAGAAGAAACUUAAAGAGGAGGAAGAAAAGAAAAUCAAGGAAGAGACAGAAAAGAAAGAACAAGAAAUGGAAGAGAGAGAAGAGCAGAAAAGGAGAGAGAAAGAAGAGGUAGAGAGGAUAUUGAAGGAAGAAACCGAAAGGAAGGAGAAAGAACAGAAAGAGCAGGAGAUGAGGGAGAAAUUGGAGAAAGAACAGAAAGAGAAAGAAGAGAGGGAGUUGAAAGAAAAGCAAGAGAGAGAGCAGAAAGAGAAAGAGGAGCGAGAGUUGAAAGAAAAACAAGAAAGAGAGCAGCGUGAGAGAGAGGAGAGGGAGUUGAAAGAAAAGCAAGAGAAAGAGAAGAAAGCAAAAGAGGAGCAAGAGUUAAAAGAAAAACAAGAAAAAGAGCAGAAAGAAAGAGAGGAGAGGGAAUUGAAAGAAAAGAAAGAGAAAGAAGAAAAGGAGUUGAAAGAAAAGCAAGAGAGAGAGGAGAGAGAAAAGAAGGAAAAGGAAGAAAGGGAGAGAAAAGAAAGAGAAGAGAGGGAAAAGAUGGAACAAGAGGAGAGAGAAAGCAAAGAAAGGCUGGAAAAGGAAAGAAUAGAGAAGGAGUUGAGAGAGAAGGAAGAGAAAGAAACAAUAGAAAGGCAGCUGAAAGAGAAGGAAGAGCGUGAGAAGGAGGAAGAGCUGAACACAAAAGUUGCAGACCAGCCUGAAGUGGAUGCAAGACAAAAAGAAGCUGAUGCAAUAAAGCCUGCUGAGGUUGAGAAGCUGAAGGACAAAGGCGACGUGACGAAGGAAAUACCCGAGGCUCAUGCUGCCAUUGAGUCUGUGGUGACAGUUGAAGAUGAUUUCAUUACUGUGGUCCAAACCAUUGAUGAAGCCGAAGAGCCGGGCCACAGCGUUCGUUUCUCUGCCCCACCUGAGGCCGAAGCAGUUUGCAUUGCUGCCCAGAAAGAAGAAGAAGAAGAGGAAGAAGAAGAAGAGUCUGUGGAGCUGGCUCAGGAAGCGGACAUAGAGGCUGCCAGUUUAGAGGAAAUGGGAGAUGUUCCUGAAAUUCCCGGCUCCCCCGAGAGGGAGGCUCAGACCAUGGAAACAGAAGGGCCAACAGAAAGCUAUGAUAGAGAUGAAACCACAAUGGAUGACUCCAUUCUGGACAGCUCCUGGGUUGACACUCAAGAUGACGAUAAGAGUAUGGUAACAGAGCACAUUGACCCUUCGCCCAAGAUGUCUAGUCCGGUCAAAAAACCUGCUUUGGUCCAGAACAAACUGGCACAACAGCGGAAGACAGAGAAACAGGAAAAGACUGUUAAAGCCAAGACUAAGGGGGGGCGACCUAAGGGACGAAUCUCGACUCCAGAACGCAAACCUACCCGCAAAGAACCUGCCUACAUCCCCAAAGAGGAACUCAAGAAGAAAAAAGCAGUGAUAAAGAAGGCUGACCUUGCCAAAAAAAUGGAGACUCGGACUCAAUCCCCGUCCAAGAGGACUGCGGGGAAAGCAGCAGUCCGCCAGACCCGUCCUAUCCAGCACCACUCCUGCCCCAGGAGAAUAACCACAGAGGUCCUACCUGACAGUCGUCAGCCUCUCAGCGUUGCCAGACAGUCUCGUGACAGAGCAUCGUGCCAUGCCCAUCAUUUACCGUUUACAAAGAUCCCCACCUUCAUAUCCAGAGCGGCUGCCUCGCUAGAUAGACCUCGUCCAUCCUCAGCAGAGCCUCAGGGCUCCACAGAAUUACAGAAACAAAUAGCUAAGGAUGGUGGGUCAUGGAGCCCAGAGAAGAGGUCUUCAGUGCCACGCCACACCUCAUUUAUGAGUCGCCGUGGGCCCCAUGACCAUGAAGAGAGCUCUACCUCUAUCACUAGCUCUGGCUCUACGGCUCCUCGCAGGCCCACAUCAUUUCGCACUGAGAUGAGGGCAGAACACAGGACAGGACGAGCUCCUAGCAUGACAGUUACAGAAUCAGUGCGCUCACGUUCAGCUCGCAGUGGCCACUCCACCCCACGCACCCCUGGCUCAACAGCCAUCACCCCAGGAACUCCUCCCAGUUACUCAUCAUCUUCGAGGACCCCCGGGACCCCACGCUCCCUCAGUUUGAUUUGUCAGGAGAGGAAGGUGGCUGUGGUCCGUACCCCACCCAAGUCACCUGCAACCACACCCAAGCAGCUCCGUAUUAUCAACCAGCCACUCCCUGACUUCAAGAAUAUCAAGUCUAAGAUCGGCUCCACAGAGAAUAUCAAGUAUCAGCCUAAAGGAGGACAGAAACAGAAGGACCCAAAUGGGCCAACAGAGGCCAAACGCAGGGCCUCUUUGAUCUGGAAGUCAGUGCUGCGCCUCAUCUCUGUUACUCUGUGUCUGUCUGCGGUACACAGCGUGACCUGGACGCAGGACCUGCUGAUUCAUAUUUUAAACAAGAGGCAGGACUUCAGCCCAUCACUGUCAAAGUGCAGCUCCAAGGAUAAUCUGAAGCACUCUCCUCGUGGAGCCAAUGUUCUCAUCCCCAGUGUUAAACUGGACUAUAGCCAUGUUCAGUCUAGGUGUGGGUCCUUGGACAGGCGUGGCUACUCGGCAGGAGGUGGAAACGUACAAAUACAGAACAAGAAGAUUGACUUGAGCCAUGUGACCUCCAAGUGUGGCUCUCUAGACAACAUCCAUCAUCGGCCAGGAGGUGGUAAUGUGCGUAUCGAGAGUGUGAAGUUGGACUUCAAAGACAAAGCCCAAGCAAAGGUGGGUUCCCUGGAAAAUGCUCACCACAUUCCUGGUGGAGGCCACAUCACGAUUGAAAGCCACAGGUUGACAUUUCGGGACAAUGCCAAGGCCCGAGUAGAUCAUGGAGCCGAGAUCAUCAUCCAGUCACCAGGUCUCUCUGGCUCAGUGUCUCCCCACCGCAUCCGCGAAAGCCAUCUAUCAUCCUCCGGGAGUCUCAACAUGAUGGAUUCCCCACAGUUAGCAACCUUGGCGGAGGAUGUCACUGCAGCUCUGGCCAAGCAGGGUUUGUGAACACUGGAUCUCUGGAUCGCUGCUCUGCACCCAAGACGUCCUCAUCCUGAUCCAUUCAAACUUUUCUGCCCUCUCCUGCCACCCUAAGGCUGACUGAUUACCGCUACUACUCAGCUAAACCGGUUCUAAGUAGAGACUCAAAGUAGGAGCUACUGUACUUUGGUCCUAUUUAUUCUGUUUUCUGUCUAUUUUAAACCCAAACAUGCUAUUUCUGAUUGAUUUUGAUCUCCCUCGUUUUGAAUGAUGUUGCAAAGAAAAGUUUGCUGUAUCCUCUAAAUAGUGGGACAAAAGAUUGGCUUUACUGGUCUUGGAUCAGUGUUGAAGAAGCAACAGCCUUUUUUCUACUUUGAAUAAGAAAUAACGCAAUGACCACUACACCAUACCGCACGUAUUGCUCUUGUUCAGUAAACGUGCAUGGACACCUUAUCAAAACACGCAUCCUUACUGCAAGUCAUUCUUGUCAUCCAAUAUAUAAUAUAUUUAUCAAAUAUAUAUAGAAACAUGUAUAAAAUAAAGGUUCUUUGCCAUCUACAUGUCCUGAAAACAUUUUAAAAGGAAGUGACAAAAAUGGCUAGAAAAUCUGUAAAAUUGCAUUUAUGCAAGCAACUAGGUCAUGUUACCACGAGCAUGUAUGGAUUCAAGUCUUAAAAGAGGCUAUUUUGUAAUUUAAAAUAAGGAUUUUAGUAAGUUAUUUCCUCAUUUAUUGGAUAAAAAUUAAACAAGUUCAUGUUUUGUAGUUAAUAGUUGUUUACAGUGUAAUGCUUGGUGACAGUGUCAGACAGCUGAUUUGGUGUUGCUAAAGAGUGCAUCUCAGUCAUGUCAAAGUGCAUCACACACUUGCACCUGCUCAGCGGUUCAAUGCAGAAGCCUGUCCAUAUAUCACAGCAGUAUUAAACACUGGCACUCAUUCGACAAACAUCCUCAAAAGGAAAGUCUGUUCAGACGCAGCUCACAAGAAUAAACAGUACUGACAUUUCUCCAGUAUUACAGGCUGACAUUGCCCUCAUCGGGACUGCCGGAACCACAGAGGAGAUGCUACAAUUUGCGACCUGAUAUUUAGCAGAAGAUGCAGCUACUCUGAAAUCUGUCUGUGCGUGUGCUUUUUGGUGCAGGUCCCCUGCUGUUUUACAGCGGACGCUACCGUAUCUGGAUGUUUUGUUGCAAUAUGUGGGAGAAUAAAUUGGACAAAAAUAUUUUGAAAAAUCCUAAAAGUUAAAAAGACUCUAAAUGGAGAAAAAUAAAAGAAAUCUCAGUCAACUCCUGUUAUGUCUGUUAGGAAAAAAAAGUGUUUGGGUGAUCUAGUUUCUUUUUCAGACACCAUUUGUGGUAUGCCCUGCCUCCUGCCUACUACUUACUGCCCUCACCUGCAACUGUUUGUUUGCUUCUGUGUUUUUUCUGCAUUCCCCAUCUCUGUGUGCCCCUUCCCCACCUCCUACUCCAACCUACAGCAACUGUAAAUGUAUUUAAAAGGUCAAGUAGAUGUACGCAGUUUUUCUCUUGUUGAUAUGACACCAGUUACAAUAAUUAAUGACAAUAAAACGACCAAAAAAU